ACUGAUUGAUUACUGGGCAAUAUGGUGGCUCAGUGGUUAGCACUGCUACCUCACAGCACCAGGGACCUGGGUUCAAUUCCACCCUCAGGCGACUGUCUGCGUGCAGUUUGUGUCUGUGUGGGUCAUGUUGAGGUUGUACAGGACAUUGGUGAGGCCUCUUCUGCAGUAGUGUCCAGUUCUGGUCACCCUGUUAUAGGAAGGAUGUUAUUAAGCUGGAGAGGGCUCAGAAGAGAUUUGCCAGGAAUGGAGGGUUUGAGCUAUAAUGAUAGGCUGGGACAUUUUUCACUGGAACGUAGGAGGUUCAGUGGCGACCUUAUAGAAGAGGUAUAGAGAGAGUGAAUGGUAGUCGUCUUUUCCCUAGGAAUGAGAGAUUUCAAUAGUAGGGGGCACAUUUUUAAGGUGAAAGGGAGAGAGAUUUAAAAAAAGACAUGAGAGGCAAAUAUUUUUACACAGAGGGUGGUUCGCAUUUGGAAUGAACUUCCAAAGAAAGUGGUAGAUGCGGGUACAGUUACAACGUUUAAAAAACAUUUGGAUAAGUACAUGAAUAGGAAAGGUUUGGAGGGAUAAAGGCCAAAUGCAGGCAGAUGGGGUCAACGGCUUGAUGGUCACUGCAGGAGCAAAGAUUACCCACUUUCAGCACGAGCCAUUACAGCGAAGGGAGCUUCAUACUGAACCGGGAAAAGGUUUGGAUAUUCCGCUGGGAAUCCCAUGAACAUGGGCAUUUGGCUCCUGCUGUGCCUUACCCCCACGGUACUGGCUGUGGAAGAGGUGCUUCUGGACACUCAGUUGGAACAGGACGAGCUGAACUGGCUGGUGACGCCUGAAGGAGGGUGGGAAGAGACAGUGGCUGUGGACAAACUGUUCAACACGAUGAGAACUUAUCGAGUCUGCAACGUGGACAGGCCCAACCAGGACAAUUGGUUACGGAGCGCCUACAUUGCCCGCAGGGAUGCCCAGAUGGUUUACGUUGAUCUGCGGUUUACCGUCAGGGACUGCAGUUCCAUCCCCAGCACCGAUGGAUCUUGCCGGGAGACCUUCGCCCUCUACUAUGGUGAGGUGGACUCUGACGGUGUGCCCUCAGCCAGCACAGCUGCCCACCUGAAGGCCACCUACGCCAAGGCCCGGGACAUCACCGCUGAGCAUGUCUUUGCCCUCAACAGGAUGGGCAAGGUGAACAGGGUGACCGUGCCCAUUGGGCCCCUCACCAGGGCCGGCUUCCACUUGGCGUUCUGGGACCGGGGAGCCUGCAUCAACCUCCUGUCCGUGCGGGCCUCCUUCCGGAAGUGCCCGGCAACCAUCGCCAACUUGGCCCGCUUCCCCGAGACCGCGGCGGGGCCCGGUCUCAGCUCACUGGCCGUGACCCCAGGCACGUGCGUGGCCAAUGCCGUGGAGACCUCCGUUCCUGUGAAGCUGCACUGCGCCAGCGAGGGAGACUGGGUGGUGCCCAUCGGCGGCUGUGGGUGCAGGCCCGGUUACCGCAGCAACGAGGAGCUCACCGCUUGCACAGAGUCUGAAGAACAAGCGAUCGUCUUCAAGCUGGGGUCAGAGCAGCGUCCUUCCCAGCAUGCUUUGGCCCCCUCCUGCGGCCAUCUGGAAAGGCUGCUGCGAGCCAAUCAGCGACAGUUGGAGGAGCAGGCCCAGGCCUUGAGUCACCUGACCCAGGCUGUGGAGGCCCUCAAUUCUACCCUGCUCGGUAUCUCACACAGACUUCACCUGCUCCUGAGCGACGCUCCUGAUACGCUGCCAGACCGGGCAAUUGCUCCCGAUGUCAAUGGCUGAGAUGAAAAUUGACCCUCGCUGACCUCACCUCGUCAGACUGCAACACUUCUUCAGGCAUCCAGACAUCCGUGAGAGCAGGGUAAAUGAAACCUCAUUGUCCACCGAAAAUCCGCUCCCCUUCCCUCCUCUCCCCACGUUCACUCACUCGCAAAGCCCCAGCCGUCAUGAGGUACAACUGUCCCUCCAGCGAUUCCUGGACCUCUUCCCCUCCAAUGCUCUGAGUGGCCAACUGAACAGCAAGGUAACCAUGGCAACUGGGCAGCCGCCAUCUUGAAAUGCCAACAACCUUAGCAUGAGUCCACAUCCAACAAACCCCAAUCCCCUACACAGGCUGCAAGCAGGGAAAGGAGAAAAGGAAGCAUUGCAAAGCCAAGGGACUAUUAUAUAAUCCAGAGAGUCAGCUGAUGUCCUGCCAUGGCAGACAGUGGAAUUUGAAUUCAAUUAAAAUAUCUGGAAUUGAGAGUCUAA